AGCGGGUAAAGAAAGAGCUUGUGACUGAGAAAAGCAAUGGAGGGAGCAGCAUCCGUGAUCGAAUCCGCCGGGAGAGAGGCCGUAGAGGAACAGGGCCUCAGCGAUUUGGGUCCUUCUCUUUCUAAUGCCACUGUAGCAGAACUCUACCAGAUAUUUGGUAGCAGCAAUGCCGGCACUGUUGACGUGGACCCCCAACUUUGGGAUAACGUGGCAUCUAAGAGAGUACCGCUGGGACUUGUCGGGCAGGCCCUUGCAGGGGUUAUGGACAACAGAGCAGGCUCUGCCGCCUUCAUGGCGGCCGAUGCUUUUCUGGGUAUCAUACUUGCCCCUGCAUGCCCUGUUUACAGCUUUUUCACUCCUCUUGCAUUUCUUGCCCUUAUCAGGUGCUUUAGAAAUUUAUGCAGAAGAUCAAAUGAAGAAUUUAAUAAUAACAAUAAUCACGAGCAAUCAAAUAGGCCCAGAAAGGGUCCGAAGAAAAGGGCUUCUAAAAAAGCGGGAAAACAAACAGCCUAUACUAACAACAGUGACAAUGGUGAGGAAGAUGAUUUUAAUUGUUGUGACGAGGGUAGUCAGAGGCAGGGGCAAACAGGGGAUUCUGUGAGUGUGGAUCAGCUGAUGCAGAUUUUGAGAAGGGUUGAAUUGCUGCUUGAUGUGCUGCAGUUGAAGGGGAACCCGGAAUGCUUGAAGUCUCUUAUCGAGCUUCUCGCAGAGAUUCCUUAUCUGUUGUGUGAUUUGAGUGGGGGGGAGGAUCCGGAACUGGCCAGGGGGUCUAGGGCUAAAAGGGUUGGAGUUCCCAAGACGUCUGCAUCAACGCCCUUGGUGCCCAGGCUUUGCUUCAGGAUGAUGCUCAAGGUUCUCCAUCCUAAUCAUGGGGAUACUACGGCUACUGGGGUUGCUCUCCUCAAGGCACUCAGUCCAAGCAUCAUGCUGACUCAUUCAGGUGGGAACACCCAGCAUAGGGCUCAAAUCCGGGUUGCUACUCUUGAAUUUGUUACAAAAGAGAUGAUUGCUAUCAAAAGUCAAUCGGUAAGGAGAUCGGUGGUGGCACUUACAAGGUAUUUGAGUGUGAAAGCUCCGGAGAAGACUGAUGCCCGAGCACUUACAGUGGAGGCAAUUCUGAUGAUUGUUAGAGAGUUGAGUGGAAGGGAACAGAGGGAGUUUGGGAAUUUUGUGGCUAAGCUGUCUCUAGGAAAGCCUCGUUACAGACUGAUGGCAGUGGAUCUGGCUGUUUCCCUUCUUGGAGCUCUGUCUGAUCCUUUGGGGCUGAACAGAGAGGUUGAGGUUGAAAGAGAGGACAGCUCUAUUGUUGAGCAACUGGAAAAUGCAGAUCUUUUUGAGGAUGGAAAUGCGGCAGAUGCUUUGAUGAACAAGGAGACAGAUAAUGGGGAUGAGGAUUCCAUGUUGGAAGGUGCUGAGUGCUCUGACAAGGACAAUCAAGGAUCUGCCAAUGUUAAUGCCAAUGCCAAUAGCAGCAAAGUGAGUCUACAGACAACAAAAAACAUUUGGUGGGGAGAGAGGUGCCUUGAGGCCCUGCUUCACCGUUGUUCUGACAAAGUCCCUGCAAUACGUGCCCGUGCCCUCACAAACAUGGCCCAAGCUAUAGAAAUUCUCUCAGCUGAUAUGGAACAUCGGAUUCGUUUGCAAGGAUUAAUGGGCUUUCGGGGUGCAGAGAACAAUAUGGUUCAUGGGUUGAAUGCACAGCCAUCAGAUGCUGAAAAGUGUUUCACUCCAGGGCAGGAGUGCCCCUCCUUUGGACGUCAGACACCUUCACCUCAUUCCAAUGCAGAUGGUCUAGGUGCAACACCAAUCACUCCAGGGGUAGCUCAUAGGGAUUUAGGAUUUCUGUUGAGGAGACGGUGUAUGGAUGAAAAAGUGGCCGUUCGAAAAGCUGCUUUGAAUCUGAUGACAAAGUCAACAGCUCUUUUGGGGAAGCCUCCAGAUGAGACGAUGCUGCAAGCAAUGGGUGCAGCCUGUAGUGAUCCCAUGGUUAGCAUUAAGAAGGCUGGAUUGUUGGCUCUAUCAGAGGUAUUCAGAAAAUUUCCAGUUGAUAGAGUGAUUUCAGAAUGGUUGCAAUCUGUACUACCAUUAGUAACAGAUAAUGAAACAAGUAUUCAGGAGGAAUGCUUGAAUCUAUUCCAAGAGCUUGUUGUAGAACGCAUUUCUUCUGUUGCAGCCGAGAAGGCAUCCAGCAAGAGAUCAAAUUUCUCUAAUGUAUCUUUAGUGCGAGGUCAAAAUCAAGAGAUGGAGAUGUUAUUUCCCCAAGGUGUUUUGUCCUUAUUAAAAGGACUAGCUAAUGGAAAUAUAGCAUCCUGUGUGAAGCGAAUAUGCAUGCUUUUGGGUAAGAAAGGCCACCUGAAAACAGGAAUAGCCUUUGCACUUCAGAACAUUAUCAAAACAUCUGAAUCCCUGUCACAGAAGCACUCAAUACCUCUAGAUAAGUGGAUUGCUCCCCCUGGAACAUGGCUGUUGCUCUCUGAAGUUUCACUAUUUGUUCCCAAGGCAUUAAGUUGGACUUUUCUGCGUCACCAUUGGAAACUUCUUGAUAGAACAGAACAGACUAAUGAAAUGUCCCAGGGAACACCAUAUAACACUCCUGUGAAGCAAGGAAUGGAAAAUAAUUUCGAAGAAACUGAAGCUAUGUCUAUUGGUUGGGCUACAGAUAGAGUAUUUUUACUUCAAACGAUAUCAAAUGUAGCUGUGGUCCUUAUCUCAGAUGCCGCUGCAGAACUUGCUCAUGACUUGCUCAUACGUGUGGAGGCAUUCAAUAUGCAUCCUAGGGAGGUUGAUGCACAUGUGAAGGCUCUCAUAACUCUAUGCAAGCGGCAGGCAUCAUCAGAAGAAGAAGGAAAUCAAAUAAUCUCUGCUUGGGUUGGUCAACUUCUUUCUAAAGCUGAGGAAAUACUGGAUGAAUACAUAUCACAGUUUUCAAAUGCUGAUAAUAUCAACAGCUUUAAGACCCCCCAGCCUUUGAGCAAAACCAGGUCACGGAUGAAAAAGAAAGGCAAUGCCAUAUCUUCAGAUUUUGCCAGCCUUUCAAUACAAGUUGUUACUGCAAUUUUUACCGUAGGUGCACUUGUUCUUGUUUGCCCCACAGCUAAACUGGGGCGUCUUGUUACCUUACUGCAAGCUAUGGUUACAUCGAAAGCCCCAACUGCAGAAGGAACAAAGCGUUUCGGUGCUUCUAUUUUUCCAAAACAAGUUGCACCUGCUGUGUAUACACAAGCUUGGGUCACUCUUGGCAAAAUAUGCCUUGCAGAUGAUAAACUUGCCAAGUCUUGCAUCCCUCUUUUUCUACAGGAGCUUGAAAUAACAGAUUCUCCAGCUAUCCGUAACAACAUUAUGGUUGCAAUGAGUGACUUUUGUGUCCGCUAUACUGCUCUUGUUGAUGGAUGCAUUCCCAAGUUAACAAGAUCUCUUCGCGAUCCAUGUGAGCUUGUUAGGCGGCAGACAUUCAUACUCCUUGCAAGGUUAUUACAGAGGGAUUAUGUCAAGUGGAAGGGGGUCCUUUUUUAUCGGUUCCUCUUGGCUCUUGUUGACGAAUCUGAAAAGAUCCGACGGUUGGCAGAUUAUCUAUUUGGGAGCAUUUUGAAAACAAAGGCACCACUUCUAGCAUAUAACAGUUUUGUUGAGACUAUCUUUAUAUUGAAUGAUUGUCAUGCACACGCUGGUCACAGUGAGACAUUUCAGACCUCAGAGAGUGAUCGCCGUUUGUUUUCUUUAAGAGGUAGCAAUGAAUCAGUAUCCUCAGAACGCAUGCACAUUUAUGUUUCCUUACUAAAACAGAUGGCACCUGAGCAUCUAUUGGCAACUUCAGCAAAACUCUGCGCAGAAAUUCUUGCUGCUGCAGCUGAUGGUUUGCUUAAUCUUGACGAUAAUGCUGCACAGUGUGUACUUCAGGAUGCACUACAAAUACUAGCAUGCAAAGAGAUGCGCAUUCAAGCUAAUCGAUUAGGUGGAGGGGCUGAAAAUAUGGAGCUGGAAGAAGAAAGUGGAGCAGCAGCUUUUGCUGCAGCCAAAGGGCGAGUUGUUACACAGAUAGCGAAGAAAAAUUUAAUACAGAAUGCCAUUCCAAUCUUUAUAGAGCUCAAGAGGUUGCUUGAGAGCAAGAAUAGUUCUUUGAUAGGCUGCUUGAUGGAUUGCUUACGCAUGAUAUUAAAAGAGUACAAGAAUGAAAUAGAUGAAAUACUCGUCGCAGACAAGCAGCUUCAGAAAGAACUCCUAUAUGAUAUUCAAAAGUAUGAAUCCACGAAAACCAAAUCCCAAGUGCCAGCAGCAGUGUCAACUGUGCAAGAUUCUGUGCCCCAUAAUGUGCAGAGCGUACCAAAUAACAGCGUCCAGAGGACUAACAGUGCGGAUUCAAAAUUGCCUCCCAAGGCUCCUGCAUCUGUCACGGCUUGCAAUGGAAAUGGCAAAGGAAAAGAAAAUAUUGACGUCCAUGGUGCUACUGUAGGCAAGGCAUCUGCAAUGAAGAGGAAAACAUUUCUUUCUCCAGGAAUGGAAAAAUCUUCAACAGGCCGAGUCAAAUGGUUGGAUCAGGCUUCUGGGCCUGGGCCUAAUUAAGGGAUGCCUUAAAUAUGUUGAAGUCAAAGAAUGGAGCUGUGCUUCCCCUAAUAUAAUUCCCGUAUCAAUAAGGCAGAAGAUUGCUUCUGCAUUGGCAGAUAUUGCUGCUGCCCAAAAUGUUAGAAGUGUGUUUCAGGAAGUUGCUGACAUUAUUUCCUCUCUGCUUCGCUCUUCUCCAUAUCUGAAUCAACACCAUUAAUUCCCACUAACAUGAAAGCCAGGGUUAAUUCUGUACAGAACUCUGCAGGCUUGGCUAGUCUCACAAAUUCUGAAGAACACGAAUGUUUGCAACCAAGACAAAGGAGGCAAACAUUUAGUGACACUGAUAACUAGACAACUGGCAUCUAGCACGAUAUCCUGUCCAUAUUGUAUCAUGUUUCUAACUAGAAUUGCAAAUACCUCAUGUGCUGAUACAGAUUUAAGAAUAUUUAUCUUCAAUCGCCCAGUCUAAUAUAAGCACGAAGAGAGAAAUACAUGUCAAGUAUUCCUUGACUGCUUUUCCAUC